UUAGAUUGCAUCAGUAAAAGUUACUUCAACAAUUUUUUUUAAUAAAUAAUAACAAAACUGUCGUUCAUAGUUGUUGAAGUGCAGUAAUCGUUAGAUGCGUGAAGAAAAGCUAAUAACUUCAGCUCGAAACUUCCCCGCUAGUCAGUGGAAAUCGUCGUUUUACCGGUGACGGAACGCCCCUACUAGCGCUCCUGGUGGUCAUUAGCAGCACUAUGCGACUGAAAGUUAUCAGGCAAUGAUGCCGGAUUCAAGGAUAUGUUUGAAUCGAAUAUAAAUGCAAUUUACUCGAAGGCAUGCAAACGAUUCAAACAUUCAAUGUAUUCAAUGGCAAUCAAAAUAAUGAUGUUUGCUUUUGAUUACUGUGGCUAUGAAAUGUUGAAUCCACAUUCACAGUUCGGCAGCCCGUCAAUUUGAUAAGCUAUCAUGUUCAAUGUUCAAGUAUGAAAACGAUGUAACUCAUGCAAAGAGCGAACACAGAGUUUCUAAAAAUCGCUUGGCAUUCCUGCCUGCUAGAUGACGUUUCAUUAAUCAGCAGAUCAGCGUAUCAGGUGCAGUGUGCAGGAGGAGAGUGCUGAAAAAAAAGAAAAUCACGACAAAAACAUCACAAAAACAUCCAGUGUCGACAAAAGCAAAAUUAUUUUCGUGUUUUUCUCUUUUGCUUUUGCAAACAAGCAAGAUUUUUUAUCGACUACCGAAGUGAAGUAGUUUAUAGUCGAAUCUAGUCAGAACAGCGUGAGCGGAACAGUACCGCGACAAUAUUCCUCCGCCAGUCAAUCCAGCUGGCCACCUCCCGUUGCUGGCUACUUUGUUCUUGUCGUUUAUCACACGAAAUAAUCCUUCCAACCCAUGGCCACCAGCUGCGUACGAUGUCUUCCAGUUGGACUAUUUCUGCUGUUUCACCUGUUAGGUAAUGUAUCACCUAAAGCCUCAAGCCCUCCAUCGUCGUCCUCGUCGUCGUCGUUUCCGUCGCAGGAACCUACCGUACUGCUAGUGGUAUCGUAUGACGCAUUUCGUACCGAGUAUCUGCGGCGUAAUAGUACGCUGUUUAUGAACGAACUGCGACACAAUGGGACCACGGCGGAGUAUUUGCGGAAUGUAUUUCCCACCAAGACGUUUCCGAACCAUCACAGCAUCUCGACCGGAGUGUUCCCGAACCAGCACGGCGUCAUGGCAAACGGUCUGUACGAUCACGGGCGAGGGAAGCUGAAUUACUCGUACGAGAUGUUCCACUUCAACGAUGAACUGGUGCCGAUUUGGGUGUUGAAUGAGCAGAACGGAGGUUACUCGGGCUGCAUGAUGUGGCCUGGAUCGGAGUUUCCCUACACAAGGUCAAACAUUAGCUGUACUUAUUCGAAGCCGUUUAAUUUGACUUUGCCUUGGAACGAACGGGUGGAUACGGCCUUCCGUUGGAUUCGUGAUCCCAGCAGGCCGGCUAAUUUGGUAAUGUUAUACAUUGAGGAACCGGACUACUACGGUCACAUCUACAGCCCCGAGUCGGACCGGGUGGCGCAGCUGAUCGUGAAGCUGAACGAUUUGACGCGUUACAUUUACGAUCGGAUUCGGGAGUUCGGUUUGCAGGAGCGGGUUAACGUGCUACAUCUCAGCGAUCACGGGAUGGACUCGUUGAUGCCGAAAAAUUUUAUUAAUUUGACCGGCUUUGCACCGGACGAUAUCCGGUAUGAUUACUACGGGUCCACCCCGGUGCUGCAGAUUGUUCCGAAGGUGAAACAGCAGACGGCCGACCUGUACCGGGCGUUGAAGAAUGCUUCCGAACGGAAUGGGAACUUCGAUGUGUACAUGCUGGAGAAUUUGCCAGCGCGCUGGCAUUUUAACAAUUCCCAGCGAACCGGUCCGAUUACGGCGGUCGCAAAGCUUGGCUACGGAUUUGACGAUAUGUGGCGAACGGUCGAGUACUAUCGGAAGAAUUUUAACGUGACAGUGACAUCGGAAACUAAGUACGGUGUUCACGGAUACGAUAACCAGCUGGCCAGCAUGCAUCCGAUCUUUUUCGGGUACGGGCCUCGGAUACGGGAACGGACGGUCGUCGAACCGUUCGAUACCGUUGAUUUGUACUAUCUGUUUUGCGAGUUACUUGAAUUGAAAGCGCCGCCGCAGCUAGUCGGCAAUCCGGACCAUAUUGUCAACAUCCUGCGGAACGAUUCCCGGGACGAUGAUGAUGACUCGGGCGGAAGUUCGACGCGAACAGCGACGCUGGCUGUGAUCUUCGCCGGCAGCCUGCUGGUCUCAUUCGGUGUGGUCAGCAUGCUCGGAGCGGUGGUUAUUUGGCAGCGUCGCCGACGGGAAAAUCUGGUUCCGCACUAUCUGUACGACGAAACGGAAUCGUUCCUGGACGAGGGCAACAAGCUGCUGCCAGCACAGCAGCAUCAGUAUCAACAACAACAACAACAACAACAACAACAGCAGCAGCAACAGCAACAAUCGCACCAGCCCAGUAGUCGCCUUCACCACCAGCAGCAGCAUCAUCAUCAUCAUCAUCAUCAGCAUCACCAGCAGCAACAGCAUCAUCUUCCCACGAAUGGGUCCAUCAAUGGGGACGUGGUUUCAAUCGACGUUUGAGUGGGCUUCCGUCAAACCGUAUUCUUUUCUCUUUUCGUUUUCUGAUUUGUUUGUAAAUAGUCGACUGGUAGUAGUUGUUGUUGUUCAAUCCCGGUAGUUUGCCUUCAAACCCCCCACAAACUGAAUGAUGGAUGUUGUUAUCAGUAGACAGUUGAAACCAAGCUAUAUCUUUCCUCCCCCUCCCCCCCCUGUCCCAGUAUGAUACAUAUCAAACAAAAGGAGCUCAGUUUCCUGGGUUGUCUUUAAAAAAAAUUGCACUUUAAAACGAAACAAACAAACCUACAAAAGAAGAAUACACACGAGCAUUUGGACAAUACUGUCGGGUAAGUGUCAAAACGAAACUUGCGUUCGUUCCCUAAGAAUGAUAUCGAUGUUUCACAUAGUAGGCGUUGCUCGUACUGUCGUGUAGAGAGAAAAAACGUCGUAAACUCGUCGUUUAAAUCAACAGCAUCGAAAUUGAUUCCAAGUUAGUGAAAAAAAAAACAAAUUUAAAACACAUUUUAAACCUAUGAAACAAAAUUACACGAAUUCGCCGGAAAUUGGAGACUGUGAGCGGGAAAACACUGUGAGUUGUGUGUGCGUUGUUUCACCGGCAGGAGAGAAAAACAAACACAAAACAUAAACAAGCCAUAAUUAAAGGUAAUUAUUUGCUAGUAUAUACUGUAACUAUGAAAUAUAUUUUAAAGUCAGACGUAUAGUUUGUAAAUAUAAAUCUAACGAAAUACCGAGAGUACCGGUACCAAUAAAUAUAUAACUCGCACCUAUCGUACACUAGGAAUAAUUUUAUUAAAGAAAAAAUCUGUGCCGGUUUGGGAUUCUUCAAUUGAACACAAAGAAAAAUGUAACGAAAGAAUUAACAAAAAAAAAUUACUGUUCUGUAACUAAGAUUUUAUUAUAUCUAGCAACGUAGAAGGAGACAGAGUAAAAGAGAUAACUUCUUGUGAUAUUUUUUACACACAACACACACAUACACGCAACUUCUAAAAACGCUGUAACUGUACUGUUUUUUUGUUUCGGAGAUUGGAAGAUGUACGUACCUACGGUAUAUUAUAGUUUUGAGGAAAUUGUAACCCCUUAAAAAAGGGGUGCCCGUCUAAUCGUCUAUUUCCAUUUUUUUUUCGGAGCCCUUUUCCAAGUCUGACACAAGAGGCAAAGCUGCCCUUGAAGUAAAAGAAGAAAAGAAAAAAAAAGAAUGACCUAACGUAAUAAAGUUCUGUAAA